AUACUCAGUUCUAUCGGGGAUCUUCUGAGAGAGGAUUUGCCCAGCGCUUCCUUUUUUAGAUUGCCUGGAAAGGACCCGAAGAUUUCCAAGAAAGACUGGGUACAAGAUUUCCCUGAAUUAAAAGCAGGACUUCGAGACGCAACAUUGAGCUGCAUCGAAGACCGGCUCUGUCAAGGAUAUGGUCAUCAAAAUCUAGCAGGAGAUCGUAUGCAGCGACUUACAUCUAGCGCGAACGUAGUUCAUGAGCUCAUCGAACAAGAAGCAGAUGUUACCCGAGACCUUCAAAGACACUUGUCUCUUCCAUGUCGUCAGGCUUGGGACGGGCUCAACGUAUUCGAGCGCUCGCAAUCAGGACCACCAGGGGCUACCACUGAUUCCAAAACCAUCGACCAUUAUUUUUCGUUGAUGGUCGAGAGUCAUGAGUACUGCUUGUGCGCUGGCGAGCUGAAGCCAUGGGGUGUCAUUCAGAAGGACGAAUGGUCCGGGGCCAAGACUAUGGGAACAGUCACCAAAAGGCUAGGGCAAGAGAUGAGAGGAUACGCCUACAAGUACGACUGCCCGCAGGUUUUUGUCUAUAACUCCCAACACCUCUUGAUUUUUCAGUUUCACGCGACCACUCGAGAAGACACCAGAAGUCAAGACUGUUUGAUUGGCACAUGGGUUAUUCCGCGCUCAAGUCAGUCUCACGGGGUCAACAUUACGAUGCGGGAAGCGUUGGAUACAUUGAUUCGGUGUGGAUGGAUGCGUGUCGUUGGCCAAUUAAGUCGUCGUUCAAACAUUCAAAUCGGGGAAUGGAUGCAAGAGUUUGAGUAUUGGUCUGGGAGGCCCCGAUGGAGGCAUUGCAGUCUAAACAGCAUCAGGCUGUGGCAUCCAGACGGAUACCGGCGUAAAUAUGAUGCUGGGGCAGGGAGGUGGUAUUGGCAUGCCAAUGGUUAA